AUGUCUCGCCAGUCCUACGGUCUCAGCAAGGGGUUCAGCUCCAGCUCCGCUUGCUUUGGAGGGAGGAACAAGGUCACGUUCAGCUCGAUGUCCCGUGCAGGGUGCAGGGGACCUGGCAAUGCUGGGGGCUUCAGCAGCAGGAGCCUCUAUUCCUUGGGAGGGAGUAAAAGUAUCUCCCUGGGAGGAUUCAGUGGAGCUGGUGGAGUCUGCAGAGCUUUUGGGGCUGGUGGCCAAGCAGGCUUUGGCUACGGUGCUGGGGCAGGAUUCGGUGGUGGCUAUGGCAGUGGCGUCGGAGGUGGCUUCUAUGGAGGCCUCGGUGGUGGUUUUGGUGGCUUUGGUGGAGGAUUUGACUAUGGGAUCGGAGGGCAAGGCUUUCCCACUUGCCCACCGGGCGGCAUCAGGGAGGUGACCAUCAACCAGAGCCUCCUGGCCCCGCUCAACCUUGAAAUCGACCCCGAGAUCCAGAAGGUGCGAACGCAAGAGCGGGAGGAGAUAAAGAAGCUCAACGACAAAUUUGCUUCCUUCAUCGACAAGGUCCGGUUCCUAGAGCAGCAGAACCGAGUCCUGGAGACCAAGUGGAAGCUCCUGCAGGAGAAGGGUGGGACAGUGACGGGUGGCAGGAGCCUCGACCCUUUCUUCGAAACCUACGUGAGCGGGCUGAGGAAGCAGCUGGACUGCCUGUCCAAUGAGAAGCAUCAGCUUCAGUCCGAGCUGAAGAGUUUCCAAGACAUGGUAGAAGACUUCAAGACCAAGUACGAAGAGGAAAUAAACAAGAGGACAACUGCGGAGAACGAUUUUGUGCUCGUAAAAAAGGAUGUGGACGGGGUCUACAUGACCAAGGUGGAGCUUCAGGCAAAGUUAGAUUCUCUGGCAGAUGAGAUCAACUUCUUGAGGUGUCUUUAUGAAGCGGAGCUGUCUCAGAUGCAGAAGACCGUUUCCGACACCUCUGUGGUCCUCUCCAUGGACAACAACCGAAACCUCGACCUGGACAGCAUCAUUGCAGAGGUCAAAGUCCAGUAUGAGGAGAUUGCCAACAGGAGCCGAGUGGAGGCUGAGACUUGGUACCAGAGCAAGUUUGAAGAGCUGCAGGUUACCGCUGGCAAACACGGAGACAGCCUUAGGGACACGAAGACCGAGAUUUCGGAGCUCAACCGCAUGAUCCAGAGGAUAAGGGCUGAGAUCGAGAACGUGAAGAAACAGUGCGAAGUUCUGCAGACCUCCAUCGCGGACGCCGAGCAACGCGGGGAGGUGGCCCUCAAGGAUGCCAGGGACAAACUGGCCGAGCUGGAGUCAGCCCUGCAGAAAGCCAAGGCUGACCUGGCCCGGCAGCUCCGCGAGUACCAGGAGCUGAUGAACGUCAAGCUGGCCCUGGACAUCGAGAUCGCGACCUACAGGAAACUCCUGGAAGGAGAAGAGUGCAGGAUGUCUGGAGAGUGCCAGAGCUCUGUCAACAUCUCUGUGGUGGGAGGCAGCAGCAGCUCCUUGGGAGGUGGACUCUGCCUUGGAGGAGGAGGAUUCGGUGCUGGAAGUGGGAGAGGCAGCUGUAGCACAGGCGGUGCUGGCUUCUGCUACAGCCUGGGAGGGGGUGGAUUCGGCUCUGGAGUGGGAGGAGGAUUUGGUUCCGGAGGGUUCUGCUCUGUGGGAGGGUCUAAGUCGGUGGUGGUUGGGUCUGGCACCGUCGUGAAGAACACCAGCUCCACGUCCAGCAGCCGGAGGGUCUAG